AUGAAUGUCUUAAGAAAAUUCAAGAAAUGUUUCCGACCAAGAAAUCGUGUUGAAAAGUUCAAGACAAGACUUAUUGAAUUUGAAGAUUUUUUCAUUUCUGAAAGGUUUUCUAAUCAUUUUGGAUUGAGCAAUUUGUCAACACAACAGCUGGAGAAAAAGACAAAAUGGAAGAAGGUGCUUUACUGUAUCUCAAUAUGCAGUUUAAUAAUGUUAAUCAUUCUGGAAUUGAUUAGCUUGAUUGUUGGUUUAACAAGCGAUGGUUCACCUUUGGUUCUUGUUGAAAACGUUUGUGGCUUUGGCGGGACUUUUGUGAUUCUGUCAAAACUCUAUUUGACUAGUUAUUAUCAUCACGAAAAGAUCAAAAAAAUAACAGCUACGCUCGACACUUACUAUCCGCAUCAAAGCUACAAUCAAGAAAAGUAUGAAGUACAGAAGCAUUUGAAAAUCCUAAAAUAUCAUGAAAUAUUUGGAAUAAUCAUUUAUGCCUUAGCAUUUUUAACAUACAAUCUUACACCGUUGAUUGCUCAACUUUUGAGCUUUGCUUCAUCUGAUAAGUUAAUUUGUUAUCAGAUCCUGCAGCUUUAUAUGCCAUUUGAUCAAAAUCAAAUAUUCAGCUGUACUACAUUAAAUCUUGCAUCAAUAAUAAUGAUUUAUUUUGGUCUGUUUAUCCUCCUCUUAACUGAUUUACUGUUUGCUGAGCUUGUAGCUUUAACAGCAUUAGAACUCAACUCUUUGGGACACAAAAUUAGUGAAAUUGAUCCAAAUGGCAAUCAGGAAGGUGCAAUUGAAAUGUUAAAAGAAUUUGCGAAAAUUCAUGAAGAUUUAUUGGAAGUUACUGCAGAUUUGGAGCAAGUUUACUCUUUAAUUCUAUUUAUUGAUAUUUUUGGCAUUCUCUCUUCGAUGGUUACAUUUGCAUUUCUAGCAUUUGCUGGAUUUGGUUGGUUAUUUCUCAUCAAAUAUUCAUUCAUAUUUAUCGCUGCAUCAUGGAAUGCAUACAAUGCAAGCUUUUAUGGAGACCGCUUAAUCGAGUAA